AUGUGCGAGUUGAUUCUUCAGGUCUGGAGCCUGCAGGCGCAAAUGCGCCGUGGGCAGCCCGAUGCGCAUGUCCCGGAUCUGUUUGUUCUGGUUCACGGCAUGCUCUUCACCAACAUCCAAAAGAAUGACUUCCAGCCUUCACUCGCUCGCCUUCUCGAGAGGCUGACCAUCAACGGCGCUGAGGAGCGCGCCGAAUUCUGGUGCCUCCUUGCGCGCAAGGUCUGGGAGCGCAGCUACGGGAAGAGCGGCAAGGAUCGCCGCCCCGAGCUCGAAAUCCUAGAUGCGCAUGAGGCGAAGGCGGUGCUCGAGGAUGGUCGUGUUGAGGACAAGGAGGAGGCUGCCAACCAUCAGAUGGUGGACGGCCAGUUGUGGACACACUUCUUUCGUGGCGUUGUCGAGCUGUCGGAGCAGACUCGGGGGCUGAUGUGGACGGAUGACGAGUCCAAGUCCGAGCAGGUGAAGGAGCUCAAGGCUCACCGCAAGCGGCUGGAAAGCAUUCUUUCUGUGCACCACCACACUCGUGUCCCUCAUCAAAUCUCAUACAACCCAUUUGACGCGUCUCAUCGGGCUGCUGAGGUGUCCAAUCUCGCGGACGUACUGAAUCCCUCCACCCGCAUCGCCAACGUGUCAUACCUCACUACGGGUGCGUUCUCCUCCAACCCCACACCCCAUAAUGCGUCUCUCACAUCCAUGGCCUCAUCUACCACCUCCUCAGCUCUUCCCCCCGCGUAUCACGCACGCAACUCACCCUCGGCGACGCGCUUUUCGAUCGUGACGCCGGCUGAGUCGGCGUCCGUGGCCGGCGCGCUGCGCGGGAGCUUAAAGGCGGGCAAGAAGCUCUUGGAAGAGGAGAAGCAGCGCGCCGAGGACGAACGGCGCCGCCACAACAUCGUGGAUGUGCAGCGCUCGCAUGCGACGUGGCGGUGCGCGGAGGCGAGGGCUGAGAUGGAGAGGUUGCAACGGGAGCUAGAGAGGUCGCAGCAGGAGAUGGAGUGCAUGAAGAACAGCCGUAACGCGCACGACAAUGCGGAGGUACUGGAAGACGCGAAGGAGGAGGCAGAGCGCGCGCAAAAGGAAGCAGAGGAGGCGCUCGCGGAGGUGAAGCGCCUGGAUGCGGAGCUCGAGCGGGCGAGGGAGGCGUCAGCGAAGACGAGUGACGCCAAGGAUGGGAAGCACGGCGACAAGGACGGUAAGGAGACGAAGAAGCUUGAAGCGGCACGGAAGGAGUUGACGAAAAUGAAGAAGGAGCUGAAGCAGGUGAAGAAGGAACAUGAGCAGGCGAGGAAGGACGGCGAGGGGAAGGGCGCGAGCAAGCUGAAGAAGCUGGAGGGGGAGCUCAAGCCCAGCAAGGACACCCGCGAUCGCGCUCUACGCGACCUCGAGACUACGCGCAACGAUCUUGACACCGCUCGCAAGGACCUCGACGCCACCUGCAAGGAGCUCACCACAACUCGCAAGGACCUCGAGAUCGCCCAGGGCGAAGCCGAAGGCGCACAUCUCCUCGCCUCGCAGGCCGUCGGCAAUGCGCACAACGUGGUGAAGAUGCAGGAGGAGGUCUGGGGGCUGCAGGAGCAGCUGGCGAAGUUGAAGAAGGAGAGGUCGCAGGCGAAGAAUACGCAGGAGGAGCUGGAGUCGAGGGUGCGAGAGCGGGAGGAGUCAAUCAAGGAGCGCGAUGAGAUGAUCAAGGAGCACAAGGAGAUGACCAAGGAGCUCGAGGGCAAGUUGCGUGACGCGGAGACGCAGGCGGCGGAGGUCAAGGCGUCCGCGGAGAGGGCGGCCCAAAAGGAGAAGCAGUUGGCCCGGACACGGACGGAGGCGGACAAGCUGCAGCGCGCCAACGAGCGGGGGCGGAUGGGCAUGGGGGCACUGACGAAGUAG